CCCCUACAUGCAUAUCCAACACCUCUAGUACCAUAAUAGAAAGAGAGAAAUGGAAGGCUUUUCUUCUAAGCGUUUCUUUGCAUCCAUUCUCAUAUUACUUGCCAUUAGUUCCUACAUAAACUCGAGCUUAGCUGCUACACCUAACAAGCCAAGCACUGAGUUCAUUAGAACAUCUUGUAGCUCAACCACCUACCCAAAACUUUGCUUUACCUCUCUCUCAGCCUAUACAAACUUAAUCCAAACAAGCCCUCAACUUCUUGCAAGCACAGCCCUCAAUGUGACUCUUUCAUCAGCGAAAUCAACCUCUACCAUGAUGGUGAAUAUCUCAAAAAGCCAGGGAAUGAGUCCUAAAGUUGUUGCUGCUAUGAAGGACUGUGUGGAGGAGCUUAGUGAUUCGGUGUACGAGCUGAACAAGUCUAUAAGAGAGAUGAAAAAUGUUAAGAGCUCUAACUUUCACCUAAUGAUAAGUGACAUACAGACUUGGGUUAGUGCUGCUUUGACGGAUGAGACUACCUGCACUGAUGGGUUUCAAGGGAAAGCCAUGAAUGGGAACGUGAAGACCCUUGUGAGGGGUAGGAUUGUGAACGUUGCACAAUUGACUAGCAAUGCCUUGGCUUUGAUUAAUCGAUAUGCCUCUCUUCAUGGUUAAGUAGCUUACCUUAAGUGUGAUUAUAUCAUUUUAUUUUUGCAUAAUAUAGACCCAAAAAAACAAAAAACCAAAGGACUCAAUGCCUAAGCAAUAUCAUAUUUGGUGUUGUACCCCCGUAUGAAAUUGGUUGAUGUAUAGUGUAAGUUGUGAUCUGUGGAGCUAAGUGCUUGAGAUUAUUUGUGUUAGCAAGUUGCAUUAAAAUAGUGACUAGUAAGUUCUUCUCUGCUUAAUAUCUGUGAACAAGUUGCAAAUUGCAACUUUUGCUAUUGUAAAAUGCAAAAUUCCAGUAAUGGAGAUUCCUUUGUACAA